GCUACUGAUUUGACCAGCGUGGUGGUGUGCUAGCAAACAUAAAACCGAUUCAUUGAAGCGUUUUAGACCAAUUUGUUGUAUAUUACUCUUAGUGUUUUGACCAUACUUUUGUUUACCUAUCUACUAGCUAAUUUCAACGUAAUUUGCUUGUGAAAUUAGCAACAUUGAUACAGCAUUUGGCUAAUCUCCCGGAGCAUAAACUCACUAAGCAAGACGGAGAAAGAAGCUUUCAGAAUGAAAAAGGAGAAAGAUGCCAUAACAUUGAAAGAAGUGACUGUAGUGAAAAAAGAGGAAGAACAUUUUGGAAUGAAAGAGGAGGCUACCUCAGUAAAAGAGAAGAACGACGUUUGGGGAGUGAAAAAGGAGGCGGAGGAGACUGAACAUCUGAUUACCACCAGAGAGGGACAUGACUAUUGUGGAUCCUCUGGGGAGCCUCAACAACAUCCUGAUGCUGACGAAGUAGAGAAGAGUCUCUCCAGAUCAGAACACCAGAUGGACAACGCUAGCCCUUCCUCCCUCCCGGAGUCCCUGUGUCGUGCCUCUCCCGGUAGCACCUUACUGCUGGGUAUGAAGAGGUUGUCUGUGCUGCUGGUGGACUGCAGGAGAACAACGGGGCUGAGUGGAACUGUGAGAGGAGGAGAAGAGAAGAAAGGAUCAGCUUUGACUCAUCAAAGAGGAAAACCAAACUUGGAGGAACCAGAGACGUCCAAACCAGCAAGACGACACCUCUGCUCCCAGAUUGGAAAGAGUUUUACCAGGUUAGGAAGCCUGAACAGACAUGAGGGGACACACACUGGAGAUGGGGAAAGUGACACAGAAUUACUACAGGACGAAGACGAGUCACUGAGCGAACACAGCUUUGACUCCCAGACGGAAGAUAUGUUUCUACACGGCGAGGACGUCGUUUUGGACUGUGCCAGGGACUCGGAUGAACAAUGGGACCCCACAAUGUCAAGGUGUCCAUCCCCCACUAAUUCAGACGCUGAAGCUGGUUCAUCCAGCUGGACCCCUGCUGCCUCCGGCUCCACCCCUUCCCCCGCCCGGCCAUCUAGAGGUGUGAAGAGACCAGCCCAGAAGCAGAGGAGGGCCAGUGAACCAGCGACAACUACCACCGAGGCAGAGGACCGUUGGCACACUGUGCUAGAAGAUGAUGUGGAGCCACUUCCACCAACAUUUAGACCGAGAAGGCAGCCGGGACCUCAGCUGGACAUGACUGCAGAGUACAGCCCCCGGCAUCUUUUCCAGAUUGACCCACAAGUUGACGACGACAACGACAAGAAGAGAGGCACAGCAAGCUUUGACAGGCUCUGCAAAAUCAAACCUCUCUACUCCAGCAUGGUUGAGGCCUGCAAGACCCAUUUUCAGCCCAGCCAGAACCUGUCCAUAGAUGAGAGGAUGGUAGCCUCAGAGGCCGGAGAUGGCCUCAGACAACGUAUGUGUAACAAGCUGUGUGGCUACAAACUCUUUGUUUUGGCCGAUUCUGCGUGUGCCUACACUUGGAAUUUGUUUGUUUGUGAGGGGAAAGCAGUUUUGCGACGGUAA